GCAUGUCAGUUGUUCGCAUUGCAAAUGGCGGCUCCUUGUUAUUGUUCAUGGCGUUUUAUGACUUGUCCCUUUAUAUUACCGAUUAUGUCGAGUUUUUUCGCGAUCUUCACCGCGCGCACUGUGCAGAAAGUGGAAUAAGAUACGCGCGGUGUAUUUUAGGUUAAGCUAAGUGCUCUUGUGGUGUGUCUCCGUGCGAUUUGGACGCGAGAAAUUCCACACGAAAUUGGAAAGAAAUGGGUUCUUCCAUUGAAUCUAAUCUUGUUUGGUAAGCAAACAUAACGAUGAUACGCAUUGAACGUUCGUUAAAUGAAAAUCUUCCGGAUCUUUUGACGGUCUAUCUCAACAUGCUCGAGCCCACUUCACGUACACCUCCCCCGACGGACAAAAUGGUGGCCCCCCGAUAUCCAAUGGUCUGGGUGCCUUAUUUCGCCAAAAAUCAUUAUGGAAUUUCUCGAUAGACCUUUUAUUUUUUUCUAUACUCACUUUAUUUAGAUCAAUGAGAUACUACGUAUUUGCCGCUUGGUUCUAUCAAGAUAUUCUAUAACCUAUUUUUGCUUAUAUAAAAAUCGUGCCCCUGUCUAGUGGCCUAAAAGAUUUUAAUUGCCGUUCGUAAAUGACAAGUGCAUUAGUGCUGGAGUGGUUUGGCGUUGUCGGUUUACAACCGACGGAGAGACAUCUCAUCACAUAUAUAUUGUCUUAAUACCCUGAGGUGUCUCCAGGCUCCCUGGGUAGUUAUGUGAUUUAUGAUUGUCAUGGCGGCAGACAGUGAUGGUGAUCUGAUUGAGACGGUGGUAACUUGUGAGGGUGACCUUGGUGAUCCAGAAUUUCCACAUAAAUUUAAAACAAUUGUUGACCGUCUUAAAUCUCUACUAUGUAAAGAGAAAGGAGAUGGUCUAAAAGUUAACAAAGUAGAACCAUGGAAUUCUGUAAGGGUCACAUUUUCCAUACCAAGAGAAGCUGCAUUACGGUUGCGAGAAUUAGCAGCGCAAGGAUCUCCAACACUUACUCAACUUGGCAUUCUUUCUGUACAGGUUGAAGGAGACCAGGUUAUAUCUUUAAGGAUAGCAAGUCGAUUUGGAGGUGAGGCACAAGAAAUUGUCUUACGUUCAGGAUCUUCACAGGAUGCUGGAAAUAAAUCUCAGAGUGAAUCUACAAAUAGUUCAGUCACCAUUGACAAUGAUCCUACAAUAGCUUUACCUGGUCCAAGUAAUACAUCAACAAUAUCUUCUGCAUUGCGGAAUGUUGCUCAAAUAAUAGCAGCUGGUACAUCGUCAGAGAAAGCUCCUCAAUUCCGUUCUCCAAAUGUUGUGGCACCAACAGACUGUGAUCCUAUCCCACCUUUUCUUGCAAAACCUGUGCCGUCAACGGCUGGUAGUAAUGGUGUUGGUACUUCUGGCAACCAACCAGUCACUAAUUCUAAUGCUUCAUCCAGAAAUAAUUAUAACGGUCCAUUCCCGUUUGCCAGCAUGACCCAUGCUGCUCAAGCAAUACAUAGUCGAGAAUCACAAGCUACAACAAUAAAAAAUGCAAUUCAGUUUAAACAGCAUACACAGCCACCACCGCCUUAUCCGAUACAAGAUAAUUUGGCAACAGUCACAGCCUUGUCAAGUGGUCAUACAACUACACAAACUGUGGUUACAGUUGGGCAAUUAACAACUCAGUAUAAGUCUCCAAUUACCACGACAUCUAGUCUGUCACCAAACAAUGGUAACCAUUUAACAGGAAAUUCCAAUGGUAGUGGUAAUCAAGUUGCUUUAUCAAGUCCAUUACUUGUAAAUCUUCUGCAAAAUGAUGCUACCUCACAUUCAAAUAAUGUGAUACCUGGUCAGAAAAUGUUGCCACCAGCUGUUGUUGAUAGCUCAGGAUUGGCAAAUCGUAUGAGACCUACGAAAAAGCCAACUGUUAGAAGAAAAGAGCUAACGUCGCCUAAUGAAUCGCCACCAAAUUUGGAUUCGCUAAGGACGGAAGAUCUGAUAGGAGGAUCGGCCAUUAUUCCAGAUAUAUCUCAAAAUUCACCAUCUUCAGCAUUUGUUGCGGUUAAUGCAAAUCAGCCAUCAUCAAUUCCUCAACAGCAUACAGUUAAUGUAAUUGGUGGUAGUAGUCAGAAUAUAAUGACACCACAAACGGUCCACCAAGUGCCUGUUGUUGGACAGAUACAGCAACAGACACCACCAAUACAUACUCCAGUACAAAUACAACAAAAGUUUCCUAUCAGACAAGAAUUGACUUAUAGGCCUUCACAAAUGCAAAUACAAAGUCAACUUCCUGCUAGGCAUUCGGUAAAUGGACAAGUUAGAACACCUUUACAACAGCGGCAAUUAUUGCUUCAACAACAACAACAACAACAACAGCAACAACAACAACAACAGCAGCAGCAGCAGCAGCAACAACAGCAACAACAACAACAACAACAACAACUUUUGGCUCAACAACAACAACAACAGCAACAGCAACAGCAAUUAGGCCAACAAAACAUGGCUACAUCACAAUUGAUAACUCAGCAAGGACCUACAACACAGCAGACAUUGUUGCAACAGCAAAACACUAAUGCUCCUUUGCAGUCAGCAUCUUUACCAAGUCAACCAGUUAUACAACAGCAACAAGUUUUACAGCAUCCAACAGUAGCAUUGAAUGUAUCGCAACAAAGGCUAAGUUACUUAAGUAAUCAACGUCAACAAACACCUCCACCAUAUCCACGACAACCGGUACCACAGCAACCUCAUUUACCACAACAAAGCCAGACGUUGAAUGUACAACAACAGUUACAUCACAAUCAAUUGAAAAAUAUAAAUGUCAAUACGAGUGCAACAACAGACUUUCGUUAUGGACAAAGUCAAAAUAUCCUCAGUAGAAAUUAUCAGCCAUCUAUUAGCAGUGCUAAUGGACCUACAUGGAGUACACAAAGUAGUUCCAUUCCACAGGGUGCUCAAGUUAAUACUACAAGGCUCGCAGUCUCAAAUCAGGUUCCAGGUGCCUUUUCUCAGUGUGGCUCUCAUAUGAAUCAUACUCCUACGACUACUGCGACUGCUGCCAUUAAAGUAGAAACAUCAGAGUCCCCAAAACCUGAGGAAGAGACACCAGAGCCAGAAUAUACAUCAACUGGAAAAAUCCGCCAAUUUCUCAUAAAUCCUCUGACCGGUCAUUUAGAACCAAUGCCUAGCGAAAGUUCUGAUUCAGAACCAGAAAGUGCAGUUGAUAAUCAAGAUGAUUUCUUUUCUUUUCCAUCUCCUUCAAACGAUAGAUCAAAUUCUAUCUUUUCUGACGACGACGCUGAUAGCAAUUUUUCGAGAAGAAACGAUACUACGACCAAUACCGAUCAAUCAGAUUCUGAAACAACGGUCAAAUCUACAGCCAGUGAAGGAAGUUUAAAGCACAGCAGGAUAAAACCUACGAGAGAGUCUGCGCACAGUCCAAUGCCAGGAGAAAAAAUUAAACUCCGAUUAAAAUUAGAAAAAUCAGAACCAGUUACCCAAGCGUAUAAAGUGGAUGUAUCAUUUGUAAACACACCACCUGUCAGGAAAGUUGAUAAGUCGGUAAACAAAAUGUUUACCACAGGUAUCUCUAGCUCAGGGACUGGUGACGAACCACGAGUGCCUCCCUUACACAUUUCUUUAAGAGGACGUAAUGCUUCUGUAGUACAAAUCAGGAAAAAAGAAAAAAAGUCUUUGAAAGAUGGGGAAACUGAUGUAGCUAGUGUAAAGAGAAAAGGAAAAUUGAAGAAAAUGAAAGAAUGUAUAGAUGGGAACAAAUUGCUCCAAAAGAAAUCAUCGUUGAACAUGAUUAUAGGUACUUCGUCUGCUUCCAAACUACCCCUGUCCAACUCUGCGAUGAUAAAUAGCGCCAGUACCAUUAGCAAAAUGAAUAAUAUUCUACAAACUGUCGUUGCAAAACCUAAUGCCUUUAAACAAGAAGUGUCGGUAGAUUCUAUGAGGCUACAAGGUGGGCUAAUUAAGCCAAGUUCAAGUAAAAAUAAUGACGUGGAUGAUAUACCGUUGAACAGUAGAAUUCCAUCUCCGUCUAAACAUAAAUCUACUAUUUUAAAUCAACCUUUGAAUACACCACAACAAAACAUAACAAAGAAUCAAAUGGAAGUUGAUGUACAAAAUCAUACACAUGAACAGAAAAUAGGGGGAGGUAAAACCAAAAGAAGAGAUUCCAAGAAGAAAUCAGAAUCUGGAGAUGGUAUGCACAGAGAACAGAAUUUAUUGUCAGGUGGUAGAAUUCUAGAUAAUCAAGCCAAAUGGAGAAAAUUGGGUUAUAAAGGUGAUUCCAAUCAAGCGAUACGAAAGUCAGAGACACUUAUAACAGGAAACGAUUUUACAACUGUUAAAAAAGUUGGCGAAAUCAGGAGAACCAGCGACAGUGACAUAAAUAGAUCAGCUAUAGAAAAGAACAAUGCAUUAAAUGCGGUCACCUCAAGAUUAACAGAAAUAAACGGUGUAAAAAGUGAUUUAAUCAAUCAAGAGAAAAGAAGACGUUUGAGUUUAAUGGAUGAAAAGGAUUUGCAUUUAGGAGAAUGUCAUAAAACAGAGGCUAGCAGUCAAAGCAGUCAAAAAGUUGUUUCUGAGUCUUCUUCAUCAAAUGCUGUUUCAAAUGCAAAAAAUGUUACCAAUGUACCUUAUGAGAGUGAAACGCAAAAUUUAAAAACAAAAAACGCAAUAAUGCAAAAUGAUUCUAAUGGAUCAAACAAUUCUGAAGCUAAAGUGUCUGUGCAUACGGAUAUGGCAACUAAAUGUUCUCAGCAGUCUGUUAACAGAAUUACAACUGUCAAAAGUAAACCGGACAUUGACAAUUGCAAAGUGAAUGCAAAUACUUUAACUAAAAAUCAAAGUCUUGGACAGAAAAUGAAAAAUCACAUGAAUAUUAAGAAUGACACAAAUGCUACUAUUAAUAGGCACAAGGUAGAGCAUUUUAACAAUAAAAAGAUAACUCAGAAUCACAUAAUAAAACAAGCUGAUAGAACUGUGAUUGAAAAUAAGUUGGAUAAUUCACAAAGGAUAAGUUUAUUAAAAACAUCACAAAGCUCAAUAAUCAGCAAUACAGUGGACCAAGUUCCCAGAUCCCAAAGUAAUGAUUUAGCAACUGGCAAGCCAACUUUGCCAAUUGGGGAAAUCAAUGUAACAGAAGCUAAAGUAAAGCAGAAGUUACUUGAGAAUACAACAGUUCCUAUUGGAAUUGGUGUUGAUGCAAAUGUAGAAAGAGUUGGUAGCGGAGGGGGUGGGGAGGAUUCGGGGAUAGAAUCUAUGGAUGCUCUUUCAGAGAAGUCACCAAACCAGGGGGAAUCACCUUUACAUAGGCCAGUGACUGAAACAGUGACACAAAGUAGCACUAAAAGUGUUAUUCAAGGGGAACCAUCCCUGCCAACCACCAAUAAGAACGUGCCUUCCUCAACUAAUAGUAGUGAUAUGUGUUCAAAUACCCAUACGGAACUUCUUAAGUCCAAUGCCCCACAAAGAUUAAGCCCUGUGUCUGUUGCAAGUUAUCUUGAAAAUCAUCUUAAUUGCAAUGUAUCACAUUCUAGUGAACAAGAUACGAAGAAUAUAUCUAGUGAAAAGACAGUAACAAUAACAACAACUUCAAGAACUAGUGGUAAUAAUAGUGACUUGGUUGCUAGUUUAGAAAUAACUGAAAAUGAAAAAAGUGUUUCCAAUCCACUAGUGACAGGAUCAGUGACUGUCGUGACUGCCUCUAUAAGUAGUGGCAUGGAUAGUGAUAAUUUAUUACAAUGUGCGCAUCAACAAAUAAGCAAUUACUCUGAAACAGACAGUUGUAGCAUUAAAUUAGAAGGUACUAUUAACCAAAAUGAGCAGGGUACGACAAACUCUAAGCACGAAGUGUUAAGGGAUGCAGAGGACAAACUUGUUGAAGACAGUGUAAAAACGGUAACAGAGAGUGACAGUGCAAUUAGAUUAAGUGAAGAACCUCAAGGACAGAAUAAUAAUGGUGUGCCUCUAAUUCAAAAUCAUGUUACAUAUAAUAAAGUUAAAACAGAAAAGCUUGAUAAUACACUUACAAACAAAGCUAUCGCAGUGAUGGAUAAUACAUGUCCAAAUAAUCAGAGUCACCAGAGUCCAGAAAUCAAAGCAGAGCCUGUAAUCAAUGUUAAAGUGGAUGACACAAGGCAGGUUGAUCAGUCAGAUAAUUCUAAAAAUAAUUUAUCGUUGAACACAGGCUCAGUUCAAAUAGAAUCAUGUACUGAUCAAAACCAAAAAUGUAAUGUACAAACUUCUCAACAAAUUUCAGUCAGGGAAUCUUCAAUGAAUCUUCAAAAAGUUACAGACGAUUUGGUUAAGAAAAUUGUUAAUGAUGCCAGCGAAAUAAAUAUAGGUAUCCAGUCACCUCUUGGUGAGGAUCCACAGCCAAUUAGGAUCACACCGCCAUUAUAUACAUAUUCUAAUCCAGUUGUUUUGCAAAGAGAUGAGACUCCAAGCCCAGCAGCACAAAAUCUUGAAGUAGAUUCUAGCGAUGUAGAACAUGUAAAACGAAAACGCAGAAGGAAACAGGAAUUAGAAGGCCGACAGGAUGUCAUAUGUAUAGAGGACAAUGACGAUGCACAUUUUGUGGAAAGAUUAAAUUCUAAUAAUUCGGAUGAUUAUAUUAAAAGACCACCUAAAUCUUUGCUAGAACAACUUUUAAUAGAAAUUCCAAGCGAAAGUAAUGAAAAGAGAUCAUUGAGAACUAGAUCACAAAAACUUAACAGUCCAGACAUUGCCAAAACUCCAAAAAGUAGCCCACAUGGUCCUAAUAAGUUGGAGGAAAGACGUAGUAUAUCGCCAUAUGCAAAGGCUAGUCCAAAGUUGGGAUCAUCUAAAUUAUCACCAAAUACAACAACUAUGAAAGUAGGGAAAAGAAAACGACAGGAAAGUGAAAGUUCUGUAGCAUCGAAUACGGCCGAUGAUCCACAACCACGACCAGGAAAACGAAAAUGUUCCGAAAAUGCUGCAGAACUCAUCAAAGCUUGUAUGGGUGUAGAAGAAACUGGACCUGUCAAGAAACAAAUACCUGGCAAAGAAGAACAGCCCAAAAAGGGAUUCAACAUAUUGGCUAAAGCUAAAAAAGGUCCCAUUGUGGUAGAAGUAGAUUCUUCUGACGAUGAACCGUUGAUUGAAUCUGUAGGAAAAGCAAGAAUGAGAUUGUCAGAUGAAACAUCCGCUGCUUCUCCAAAGCCUAAAGAUCAAAAAACAAAUUCAACUACAACUGUUUCUGGCAGUCCAAUUAAUUCUAGUAAUAUAUCAAAUUUCAAUGCCAGUAAUAGAGUGCAAAGAGAAGGCCGUUUAUUAACAACCAAACAAGCAAGUACACCAACAGCUGUAAAUGCUGGAAAAGAAAGGCUACGUGGUACUUCAGUAUCAAGUAAUGAAUCAGUGGGAGAAGUAACAACAAGACGAUCUGUUCGACAGAAUACAGCUUCACCAUUAGCAACACCGGCAAGCAAUACAAGAGGUGCAUCUAGAUCUACGGAAGAUGUAAAUAGAAGAAAAACUCGAAGUGGAGCUGUAACGACUGAGGCAGCAGAACAGGCGAAACGGAGGCGAAUAUCCCGAGAAAACAAAUGACCCUCGGGAAGUGACCUUGACAGUGAUUAGCUACCGUCGCUUGUCAAGGCCUAUACGUCUGAUUAUCUAUUUGUUAUAAACAAUUACUUGAUCGCCGUGUGGCUGGACCCCACCUGGUGAAUGUGUAUGUGUCGAUAGCGCACAAACAUUGCUGUAUAUGUCUGGGAGUUUUAUGGCAAUCGGAACGCUGGAUGGUGUAAAAAAAAAAAAAAAAGAAAAAAAAACAAAUAAAUUUAUGUUGUAUUAUAA